CUGGAUGGGGAGAUCAUCUACUCCAAGAACAAUGUCUGCGUGCACCCACCAGAGGGGCUGCAGGGGCUGGGGGAACACCACCCAGCAAUCCGGGACAUGACAUUGAAGAUGGCCCUCCUUCCGACAAGCAGUUUUAAAGAAGAGAUGCUGAGAAGCCUCAGCCAACAGGGAAAGGCCCAAAUGCCACUCAUCUUGGAUUUAUCUUUUGUGUGACGUAGUGAUAAAGUCUGCAGCCUGAGUCCCUCCUAAGAUUGCGAUGAAGCUGGUGGCACUUCUGGGUCCCUGGGUGCCUCCCCAGCCACCUGGGCUCAUCCAGACUGGGAGGCUGAUGGAGGCAGGGGAGCCCUGGGGCCCCUAGAGCCGUGGACAGGGUGGGGCUCUGAACAAGAGGAGGAGGGAAGGCACAGGGUAUCCUGCUGCUUGAGGGCUCGCCCCCAGAUCUGCUCAGUGUGUGUGCUUAGAAAAUGCCCUCGACUCUCAUUCAUCCUGAGUUCAACUGUAUCCCUCGGGGUGCCUUCUUAGGGCCGGGCUGCACAGCCCCACGGUUUUCUCGCCUGGGUGUGGUUCUGGGAAGAAAGCAGCUAGAGGCACUUGGUGCACGGCCCUGCCUAACCAUCUGUGCUCCUGACCCCUCAUAGGCUACCUGUGCUUGUACAUGGAGAAGGAUGAACUGCUGGGGGCCACCCUCAUCCUCGCGUGGGUCCCCAACUCCCGGAUCCAGAAGCAGGACGAGGAGGCGCUGCGCUAUAUCACCCCCGAGAGUUCCCCCGUGCGCAAGGCACCCCGCCCUCGGGGCCGGCGCACCCAGAGCUCAGGGGCCCCCCACCAGCCAUCCCCCACGGAGCCCAGGUCCACCCUGAUCCCCAGAGACGAGGACAUCCUGGUGGUGGCCCAGAGCAUCCGAGACACCGAGUGCGUCAGCCCUUCGCCUGAGGAUGGGGAGAAGCUGGCCCCGGGCUUGGGGACAGACGGCCCCCUCCCAGCCUUGCCACCGGCCCAUAGCGACUCAGGAAUCUUGUCAGCGGUCAGUUCGCAAGAUGGGACAGAAGAGGGCCGGGAGCCCCGACCCGAGGUGGGUGAGGAGGAGGGUUCCUUGGAGCUGUCGGCCGAGGGUGUGAGCAGGGCCAGUUCCUUCGACUCGGACUCAGAGGCCUUCUCUUCACCCUUCUGCCUCUCGCCCAUCAGCGCCGCCCUUGCUGAGAGCAGCAGCUCCGUGUUCUUGGAGAGUGAGAGCGGCUCCCCCUCCAGCAUGGAUGCCCACCUGCAGUUCCCGGACGGCAGCGGCCUCCUGCAGCCCCCGCGCUGGGAUGAGCCGCAGAGGGCCAGCGCCCUGGAGCAGAUCUGUGGCGUGUUCCGAGUGGAUUUGGGCCAGAUGCGCUCCCUCCGCCUCUUCUUCAGCGAUGAGGCCUGCACCAGUGGCCAGCUGGUCGUCGCCAGUCGGGAAAGCCAGUACAAGGUGUUCCACUUCCACCACGGUGGCCUGGACAAGCUGCCUGACGUGCUUCAGCAGUGGAAAUACUGCGCGGAGACGCACCUCAAAGACCAGCAGGUCGCCGACGAAAAGACGUGUAUGCAGUUCUCCAUCCGGCGUCCCAAGCUGCCGUCUUCCGAGACGCACCCCGAGGAGAGCAUGUACCGACGGCUGGACGUGGCGGCCUGGCUCCGCCACCUGAAUGCUCUGGGGCAAGUGGAAGAGGAGUACAAGCUCCGCAAGGCCAUUUUCUUCGGCGGCAUUGAUGUGUCAAUCCGAGGGGAGGUCUGGCCCUUCCUGCUGCGUUAUUACAGCCACGAGUCUACGUCGGAGGAAAGGGAGGCGCUGCGGGUGCAGAAGAGAAAGGAAUACGCCGAGAUCCAGCAGAAAAGGCUCUCCAUGACCCCUGAAGAGCACAGAGCUUUCUGGCGGAACGUGCAGUUCACCGUGGACAAGGAUGUGGUUCGGACAGAUCGGAGCAACCAGUUCUUCCGAGGCGAAGGCAAUCCCAACGUGGAGAGCAUGAGGAGGAUCCUGCUGAACUAUGCGGUGUACAACCCAGCCAUCGGCUACUCCCAGGGCAUGUCGGACCUGGUGGCCCCCAUCCUGGCUGAGGUCCUGGACGAGUCAGACACCUUCUGGUGCUUUGUGGGUCUGAUGCAGAACACAAUCUUUGUCAGCUCUCCUCGGGACGAGGACAUGGAGAAACAGCUGCUGUACCUGCGGGAGCUGCUGCGGCUGACCCACACACGCUUCUACCAGCAUCUGGUCUCGCUGGGCGAGGACGGCUUGCAAAUGCUCUUCUGCCACCGCUGGCUCCUGCUGUGCUUCAAGCGGGAGUUUCCCGAGGCCGAGGCGCUGCGCAUCUGGGAGGCCUGCUGGGCCCACUACCAGACAGAUUACUUCCACCUUUUCAUCUGCGUGGCCAUCGUGGCCAUCUACGGGGAUGAUGUCAUAGAGCAGCAGCUGGCCACUGACCAGAUGCUUCUGCACUUUGGAAACCUGGCCAUGCACAUGAAUGGGGAGCUUGUUCUCAGGAAGGCGAGGAGUUUGCUGUACCAGUUUCGCCUCUUGCCGCGGAUCCCCUGUAGCCUGCAUGACUUGUGCAAGCUGUGUGGGACUGGCAUGUGGGACAGCGGUUACAUGCCUGCCGUGGAGUGUACGGGCCAGCACCCAGGGUCGGAAAGCUGCCCGUACGGGGGUACCGUGGAGACACCUUCCCCCAAGCCCCCCAGAGAAGGCAGGAAGGGUCCAAAGACGCCCCGAGAAGGCUUUAGUUUCCGCAGAUAGGCUGGGCUCCCUGCGCUGGACGAGGGGUGCGGGGACCUCUGCCAGGUCCCAAGCAUGAGGGAGGGGGUGGGGAUGGGCGUGGAGGGGACAGGAUGGUAGAAACGGAAGGAAAAUGCCCUUGAGCAACAUGAAGGGAAACUUUUUGUAUUAAGGACAAAAUUGGAGUCCGGAAGUGCCAGAAAUAAAACCUGCCAGCUGCCCAGAGAAAAGUCGGCUCCCCAAACAGCAGGACCAGGAUGCACAACCACCCUACCUGGAGAUGCAGGCUGGCUGGGUUCUCGUGUUGCCCACCUUUGAUGGAUCUCAACACAACCCAGGAGUUCCUCCAGCUUCGUCAGCCACCAAGGGUCUUAUUGCCAGGCAUUGGGAAAGGCAGAGACAGUAGGAGAGAGACAGCACUGGGGAGCCCAGAACAAGAGGGUCCCAUCCAGGCCCAGAAACAUCUUUGCAAACUGGGCACACCCCCUCAUUAGGCUUCAUUCUUUGAAUGAAUCAAACAGACUCCACAGCUUCUCCAGCCACAACUGCAAAGCUGAUGUGAAGACAUCUGCCAAAAAAAAAAAAAA